GUUGUAUGCCAUUGCUGGGAUGCAAAUAUUACAUAUCCACAUCUCUCCCCAUCAGCUGUACUUUUACAUUUUACAUACUUGAUCUUUACCGGGAUCACCAAUUUUAAGCUGUUGUUUUACCGUUUAAGGAAGAAAACAAUUGUUGAGUGCGAGCAAUUUAUAGAAUAGCCCCCCAAAAUAAUCAAAUAACGAACAGCCCCACUAUGGCCGACCCCGACUCGGACGACGACCUGGAAUGCUUCACCCUAAACACCCAAAAAUACACUACCGCCUUAAUAAAAUUCAACAAUGCGAUUCCCACCUUCGAAGCCAUGGUCCCCUCCGUGGUCGCCCUCUCAUACCGCGAUCGAGCCGCCUUCGUCGUCGAGAAGUAUGAAGAGCACCUCUUCGCCCUGCACGACCGUCCCACCCACCUCCUCAUGGGCUUCCUCCGCGACAUCGACGAACUCGCCACGUUCUGCACCGCCGUCACGCUGGGAUGGCGUCUCUGGCCCGAUUACUGGGUCGGGCUGCAGCUUAUGCUCAACUAUCUGGCGGACGAAACCCUGAUCGAAGACGUGAAACGGGUGGACACCCUGUUUUUGGCUACGUUGAAGGAAAUCGCGUUAAAAGACGGGUGGCGAAAUUGUCCCGCGUCAGGACCCGCGUUAUCUGCCCAGGCGAAGAAAAUCUUGAUCCGGUACAAAUCAGAGGAGGGCCGACCUCUUGAAGGAAUUAUGACCGGGUUGUCGCUGGGGGAAGGAGUCGACAAGAAAAUUUGUGAAGGGAUUGAUUGCUUAGAAAUUGAGACGGACGAGGUGAAAUUUUUGCGAUGUGGGAAAUGCAAGAAGGCAGCUUAUCAUUCGAAAGAGUGUCAGGUUAAGGCGUGGAAAGGGGGGCAUAAGAAGGUAUGUGCCCCACCACAACAGCAGUGAAGAUGGAAAUAUUUGUGUAAAUCAUUGAUAAUGCAAUUCAUGUAGCCCUUGGUAACAUUGUAAAAUUCGUAAAUUUUGCAAAAUAAUUUAUAAACUUUGACAAAAUGGAAGACUAGAAAGUUCACAAAAAUUUGGAAUCUAAUAUUUUUUAAAAGUGUGCAAAACUUGUAACUUUACGGAUUUGACCGAGGACUCCGUGAAAUGUUGACCAAUUGAGGAUAAACAUCUUAUUUAUUGACGAUGGAGAAAUUUUAAUAGAUCGUCAUUGAGCAAAUGCAUAAAAGUAGAAAUCGUGUCAGUAUGAAUUAAAAUGUCAAAAUUAUUUAUACUGAGAACCUAUGUAUCUAUGUAACAAGUUCACUAAUAAUAUAACUCUUUAGUAAACUUUUGUAACAUUGAAAUAAUAAAUACAUAUGCCUUAUUAUUAAUUCUGCAUUAUCUAAAUAAGUAUAUCAAGAUUUGUAACUUUAUUACCUAAAAUUUAAUAAUUUGUUAAACUUGUAACAUUGUUGUUAUCUAAAUCCAUGCGUAGAGCGGAGCCAUUGCAUGCAUGACAUAACAAUUAACAAUAAAAUUGAUUACAGAACUA